UGCCUUGCAUGCGUUACAAUUUCCCGAACGUUUUGCCUGUUGUCCAUACCUUCUGUUUCCUCAGAAAAUUUGUUGAAAAUGUAGUAAAUUUGAUGUUUAGUUUCUGUGUAGUUGCCAUUUGCCAUGUAAAAAUAUAAUAAGUGCAAAUUGAAUUUUUAGUUAAAACUACUAAGUAGUACAGUACAUGGUAAAAAUUCUCAUCUAGUUAAACUCAGUAAAUUAAAAAGACUGCCUCCCACCCAUAGUCUGGCAUAGCGAGUUCUAUGGACGUGCGUUUUCCUAAGAAUUCAUUACGCGAAAGUCCAAGUGCAAACAGAAACAACGUAUUUCACCGUAUGAUUUCGGAUUCUCGUAACAAAACGGAAUUUCUUAUUGGUGUGGGUGUCACAGUGUAUAAGUGUGCGUGGUGUGGUGCGUAAAAAAAGCGAGAGGCGCGUGCAUUACAAUUAAUGCACAAACAAUAAAAAGUCAUCCAAAUAGGGAGGGGGGUGGCCGUGGCUGUCUUUGUCGUCGUCGUGGAAGUGGGAAGAGAGCAGCAGCAACAACAACAAAACGCUGAGAUUUGUUCCGUUCACCCCCCAAAGCAGCCUCCCCCGCGCCUGACCACUAACUGUUGUUUGUGUGCCAGGGGUGUUUUUGGGGCAUUGAAUAUUUCCGCGUUCACAAUAGAAAAUCAAGAAUACGGUUAUACUAUGAACAAGUGGAACGACUAAACAGACAACAGCAACAAAAAUCGAAUAGUUGCGAGCGAGGCCGCGGCCAGAACCAAUCGAAGGACUGGGCUGGCCAGGACGCACACACACACUCACACUCACACUCAGCCCUUUUGACACCGACAUAAAUGGAUGUCCUGGAACUGUUGCGUGUGAGUGGUUCAAACAUGUACUACAGCACAUUCUUAGCGGAUGCCUGGUGCUACUACAUCUCCAAUCAAAUAACAAUGACGAUGUACCUGUACUGCGCCCUUGGCGUGCUCAGCAUGCUGUUCAUCGGCUGGUUCGUGUACUUCAAGCGCCUGGCACGACUACGGCUGCGCCACGAGAUCGCCCGGUCGCUGAGCGCGGUGACCAUGGCCUCGGGCGGGGAUCUGCGCGGCCCGCGCUUUCGCAAGCGCGACAAGAUGCUCUUCUACGGUAGACGCAUGCUGCGCAAGAUGAAGAACGUCAGCGGGCAGAUGUACAGCAGCGGCAAGGGCUACAAGCGGCGGGCGGUGAUUCGGUUCGCCCGCCGCAUCCUUCAGCUGCGUCGCGAAAACAUGCCGCUGGAGGUGCGCACCGUUGAGCCGCCGGCGGAGUACCUGGAGGAGACCAUGGAGGGCAGCGAUCGAGUGCCCCCCGACGCCCUCUACAUGCUGCAGAGCAUCCGCAUCUUUGGGCACUUCGAGAAGCCCAUCUUCCUGCGGUUGUGCAAGCACACCCAGCUGCUGGAGCUGAUGGGCGGCGACUAUCUGUUCAAGAUCACCGACCCGGACGACAGUGUCUACAUCGUGCAAUCGGGCAUGAUCAAUGUCUACAUCUCGAAUGCGGACGGCAGCACGCUCUCCCUGAAGACGGUGCGCAAGGGCGAGUCGGUGACCUCGCUGCUCAGCUUCAUCGAUGUGCUGUCCGGCAAUCCCAGCUACUACAAGACGGUGACGGCCAAGGCCAUAGAAAAAUCGGUGGUCAUUCGACUGCCCAUGGCGGCCUUCCAGGAGGUGUUCAAGGACAGUCCGGAUGUGAUGAUCCGUGUUAUUCAGGUGAUAAUGAUACGACUGCAGCGCGUUCUGUUUACGGCACUGCGCAACUACCUCGGCCUCAAUGCGGAGCUCGUUCAGAAUCACAUGCGUUUCAAGGGCAGCAGUCAGGGGGCCGGGCCUUCCGUCUAUUGCUCGCAGACAACGCGACAGGCCACUGGCUCAGCAUCGGCUACGGCAUCGGCAGCGGCAGCCAGCGGUACAGCCGGUUCAACACACACGGCGGUACCAAGGCCAGCCAGCUCCCUGUCGCGUUACUCACAGGACGAGCAGCACACGCUGUCCGAUCCGAAUCCUGGCAUUCCGAAUCUAGAGCUGAGCGGGGACAGUGUGAACACACUAUUCGGCGAGGUGAAUGGCGGCGCUAGGCUCAAUAGCUAUCCACCGUUGUACCACCAGCGCGAAUCCGACGGUAAUCUGUCCACUCGUCGCGGCUCCAUAACGCAACAGGAGCAGCCCGAGGUCGGGCCAGUGCCGUCGAUAGACAUGCGACUGGUCAAGUCUUCGGCGGUGGACAGUCUACGCAAGGAGCUGGGUCUGCCCGAACAGGAUGCCCACAUCAUUGAUCCGUUCGUGGAGGUGCGCGAAAUGGAGCCGAAUGUGACCCUCAUCACCGAGGGCAAUGCGGACGAUGUGUGCGUGUGGUUUGUGAUGACCGGUACACUGGCCGUGUACCAGGGCAAUGCGGAUGCUACGCGCAUCAAGCAGGAUAAAACGGACUUGCUCAUCCACUAUGUACACCCCGGAGAGAUAGUCGGUGGCCUGGCCAUGCUUACGGGGGAGGCCAGCGCGUACACCAUUCGCUCGCGGAAUCACAGUCGCGUGGCAUUCAUCAGGCGUGCAGCUAUAUACCAGAUCAUGCGCCAGCGACCGCGCAUUGUGCUGGACCUUGGCAAUGGGGUAGUGCGGCGACUGUCGCCGCUGGUACGCCAAUGCGACUACGCCCUGGACUGGAUAUUCCUGGAGUCCGGCCGGGCCCUGUACCGGCAGGACGAGAGCAGCGACAGCACCUAUAUCGUGCUCAGCGGCCGCAUGCGCUCUGUGAUCACACAUCCCGGUGGCAAGAAGGAGAUCGUUGGCGAGUACGGCAAGGGCGAUCUCGUGGGCAUCGUUGAGAUGAUCACGGAGACGUCACGCACAACCACAGUGAUGGCGGUGCGCGACUCGGAGUUGGCCAAGCUCCCGGAGGGUCUCUUCAAUGCCAUCAAGCUGCGCUACCCGAUUGUGGUGACCAAGCUGAUCAGUUUCCUUAGCCAUCGCUUUCUCGGCUCGAUGCAGACGCGCACGACCACUGGAGCGCCCGGGGCACCCGUCGAGGCCAAUCCCGUCACGCACAAAUACUCCACGGUGGCCCUGGUGCCCAUCACAGACGAUGUGCCCCUGACGCCCUUCACCUACGAGCUCUACCACUCGCUGUGUGCCAUCGGUCCUGUCCUGCGCCUGACCUCGGACUUGGCGCGCAAACAGCUGGGAAUGAACAUAUUCGACGCAUCGAACGAGUACAGGCUGACCUCGUGGCUGGCCCAGCAGGAGGACCGCAACAUUAUAACCCUCUAUCAGUGCGACAAUGCGCUGAGUCCCUGGACCCAGCGUUGUAUGCGUCAGGCGGACGUCGUCCUCAUUGUGGGCCUGGGCGACCACUCGCAUUUGGUGGGGAAGUUUGAGCGCGAGAUCGAUCGUCUGGCAUUGCGCACCCAGAAGGAACUGGUCCUACUCUACCCGGAGACGGCGUCCUCAAAGCCGGCCAACACGCUCAGCUGGCUGAACGCUCGUCCUUGGGUGACCAAGCACCACCAUGUGCUGUGUGUGAAGCGCAUCUUCACGCGCAAAAGCCAAUACCGCAUUAAUGAUCUCUACAGUCGUGUGCUGCUAUCCGAGCCGAAUAUGCAUUCCGAUUUCUCGCGCCUGGCCCGCUGGCUGACGGGCAACUCGAUUGGUCUGGUGUUGGGCGGUGGUGGGGCACGUGGCGCGGCCCAUAUUGGUAUGCUUAAGGCCAUCCAGGAGGCGGGCAUACCCAUCGACAUGGUCGGGGGCGUCAGCAUUGGUGCGUUGAUGGGGGCCCUCUGGUGCUCGGAGCGGAACAUUACCACGGUCACCCAGAAGGCGCGCGAGUGGUCGAAGAAAAUGACCAAAUGGUUCCUACAACUCUUGGAUCUAACCUAUCCCAUCACAUCGAUGUUCUCUGGACGGGAGUUCAACAAGACCAUACAUGAAACCUUCGGGGAUGUGAAUAUCGAGGAUCUGUGGAUACCAUACUUCACCCUGACGACGGAUAUCACCGCCAGCUGCCAUCGCAUCCACACCAACGGAUCUCUGUGGCGCUAUGUACGCUCCUCCAUGUCGCUUAGCGGCUACAUGCCGCCCCUCUGCGACCCAAAAGAUGGGCACCUUCUACUGGAUGGCGGCUAUGUAAAUAACUUGCCAGGUCACCUGUGGCGCUAUUGCCGCGCCAGUAUGUCCAUCGCUGGUGUCUUUCCGCCCUUCUGUGAUUACCGCGACGGCCAUCUUCUACUCGAUGGCUGCUACACGAAUAAUGUGCCAGCUGAUGUGAUGCACAAUCUGGGCGCCGCUCACAUAAUCGCCAUCGAUGUGGGCUCGCAGGACGAUACGGAUCUGACCAACUACGGGGACGACCUAAGCGGCUGGUGGCUGCUCUACAAGAAGUGGAAUCCGUUCACCGCACCCGUGAAGGUGCCCGAUCUGCCGGACAUUCAGUCGCGGCUCGCCUACGUCUCCUGCGUUCGACAGCUGGAGGAGGUAAAGAACUCUGAUUACUGCGAAUACAUUCGACCGCCCAUCGACAAGUACAAGACCCUGGCGUUUGGCAGCUUCGACGAGAUCCGCGACGUGGGCUAUGUGUUCGGCAAGAACUACUUUGAGGGCAUGGCCAAGGCGGGUCGGUUGGGCAGGUUCAAUCAGUGGUUCAGCAAGGAGCCGCCCAAGCGGGGCAACCACGCCUCGCUCAACGAGUACACAUUCAUCGAUUUGGCGCAGAUCGUGUGCCGGCUGCCGGAGACCUAUGGCUUGAACCCGUCGGAUCUCUUCAGCGAGGAUGAAGACUGCGAUGGCUACAUAUCGGAACCAACGACACUGAACACGGAUGUCCGGCGCUAUCAGGUACCUCGUGGCGGCAACUCGUUGUCGUUGUCUGAGACCGAAAUGGACAUGGACUCGGACGUGGAGAUGGAUUUGAAAAUGGAGCGCAAAAUGGACAAGGCUACACAGUCCACACCGCCACUACAGAGCAAAGCACAGAUUCUACGGCGAAAGCAUUCGAAGGAGGAGGCUAGACACGAAUGGGAAAUCAAGCGGGAGCAGAAACAGGAGUUGGCGCGCGAGCAGGAACUGGAGCGAGAAAGGGAACUCAGUCAGAAGGGUACCACUGCGGGGGCCACUGGCUAUACCCCAAACGCAGUCAUCGCCACACAAACCUCGCUGAUAUUCAUGGAUGAAGAGGACGAGAUGGACAAGAAAAAGACUAAAGACAAUGACAGGGAUGAGGUUAGGGGUAGUGCAGAGGAUAAGGGAAAAGAAAAGGAGGAGGACAAAGAGAACAGAAGCAACACGAAUAACGAAACCAAAAACUAUCUAUAGACAACUAAUCAAGGCCAUGUCCAAUCAGCAAUCAGCAAUCGCCUUCACAAGCUGGAAACCACCCAAUCAAUCUCCAACGAAACAAACCAACAAAACAAAUCGCUUAGACAAGGAAUUCGUUAACCUCUAGGUUUUAUAGCAACCAAGACUUAGGCUUAGCUUAGCGUACGUACCUCCCCCCUUUCCCCUCCUUCCUCUCCGUUCCGCAUAACCGCAUAAAACAUAACCGUGUCCUAUACCUACUCCAUCCCACGCCUUCCCGUCCGUUCCAUCCACUCCCUAAUCCAAGCCAUUUCAAUGGAGGCGGCACAACAGGUCCACAAUCUUUGUAUAUACAUAUAGAUAUAUAUAUAGCAAUAUUUUAAACUGAGGCAAGAGCCCGAUUGUUACCCAAUGCGCGAAGUCACGUAUGAAGCUGAAGCUGAAGCUGAAGCAGGUCCCGAUCCGGAGCCCGAGUCCGAGUCGGAGUCGGCUCCGGAUCCCUGUCAAUUCAAGAUAUUUUCACGAUAGAGCCGCGCACUCACACUUAUUGUCUCUUAUUAUUUUUCUAUAAAAACGUUUACUUGAUAAUAGGCUGUUUGUGAAAUGCAAGCAAAUAAAUAAAACAAAAGUACAAUGCCAAUGCCAUCAACAA